UGGGUGGAGACGCAGCAGGGUGAGUUUAAUACUGUGACCAACACCUGAGAAACUGCAAACUGGGAUCUGAGGACUGUCUGCAUCAGUACAGCGAUAAUUACGUGUUUCUGGUUUCCAGUAAACAUGUCCUUCUUAAAGAAAUUCUUCAAAGAUAUCGUCCAUGACAGAGACCCCGAGGACGACACCAUAAAAGUGGGGGGUGAGAAGAAGCCGAAGUUUUAUGGAACAGUCCCUCCGUAUCCAAACUUCAAUGCCAGCAGUGACGCUUCUACUCUUCAGAGCGCCAUUGAAAGUAAAGAGGUGGACGAGGAUGUGAUCGUCGCUGUCUUGGUGAAGAGAUGCAAUGAGCAGAGACAGAAGAUCAAAGUAGUUUAUGAAGCGUCCACCGGACAGAAGCUGGAUGAAGCUCUGCAGUCAGUUCUCAGGUCAGAUUUAGAGGACAUCUCUCUGGCUCUGCUCAUGACUCCUGCUCACUUCGAUGCCUACCUGCUCAGGAGGGCCACAAAGGGUUGGGGCACAGAUGAAAACGUCCUGGUGGAGGUUCUGGCAACAAGAACAAACGAAGAGAUUCGCGAGAUCAAGAGAGUCUUCAAACAAGAGUACGAAUAUGAGCUGGAGGACAUUAUUAAGGACGAAACCAGCGGUGAUUUCACCACAGCUCUUCUGUCCAUGUUGAAAGCAAACAAAGACGAGAGCAUGGAAGUGAACAAGGAGCUGGCCCAAAAAGACGCAGAGGUUCUGUUUGAGGCUACUGAGCAUCCCGAAGGAAUCAAUGUUUCUACCAUCAUCGACAUCCUGACCACGCGGAACGGGCCGCAGCUUUCUAAGACAUUCCAUCACUACGCUGCCACCAGCGACGUCAAAUUACCUAAAGCUCUGCAGAUGGAGCUGAGUGGAGACAUCGAAGAUUGUCUCAUUGACGUUGUGAAAAUUGCCUGGAACACACCGGCUUUCUUCGCUGAGAAGCUCCAUAAGGCUUUGGAGCGCCACGGUACAUGUGAGGAAACACUCAUCAGGGUGCUGGUGUCCCGCUCCGAGGUCGACCUGAAGAAGAUUGUGCAGGAAUACAGGGCCAUGUAUGAUAUCAGCCUACAGGAGCAAAUACUGAGGGACACUAAGGGACAUUAUGAGACCAUCCUGCUUGGACUGUGCGGACCUCAUUAAACUUUUGAGGAAACUACUGGAAAUGGAGGCCAUCUUCUCCACUGGCUGCCACUGAAAUCUCAUAUUUUUCAAAAUGAUCAAUGUAACUUUUCUGUUUUAUUAAAUUGAUGUAAUCCCAGCAAUAACAAAAACUAUCUCAUACCCUUCCUGUCUGUUUGAUGUUUCUUGUUUUGUCGUGAAUUCUCUCCAUGUGCAUAUUGAGCUCUAAUUCACAUAAUGGUUUAUUAUAAUACAUGAAAAUAUGUUUGACAAAGAUGUGAAGCAGAUCAGUGACGAUGAAGGCAGGAUGGGAGAAAAGAGGGACCAGAAAGUUUGGA